AUGGAGCCACUAGUGGAUCCUGAGUUAGCUGCUGCCGUUGAGGCUUCUCGCCGAGACAUGUAUCGCCAGCAGAACAGAUUUGUGUCAUCCCAGGCGUCCAAUUUUGUGGAUCUAACCAAUGAUUCGGGCAACGACUCGGACAUUGAAGAGGUGUUUCCCAAGUCAAAGUCUGUGGUGAGUUCCGAGACUGAGGAUGACCACGAGCAUGAGCAGCUACAACGUGCUCUUGCUAUGUCGAUGGAGCCUAAUGACAAGACCGAAAUCCCGGAGCAUGUACCGCCUAUCAGCCAUGCAACUGGCCCGCAUGAGGAGUCUGUAGUUUCGGCUGGUUCAAUAAUGGGCAUGAACCGAAAGCAGAUGGAGGUGGAGCGUCUUGCACGUCUCGCCAAGCGCAAGGCUGACGACAGCUCGUCUACUCCACCAUCUCAAGCAAGCCGGAAGCUUCCGAGGACCGAGCCUUCAUCAGUCCGUCACUCCAUUGCUCUGCCUAAUCCGUUCCAAUCUGCCCCUCAAAUGAGCACACUUCGAGUGAGAUCUUGCACCGAGGUCUGUCGACAGCUUGCAUCGAAUGCCCCGAAUAUUAACAUCCAACCGACCUCCCGCUCGGUGGCCCAAUGGCCUCUUGGGGCUGUCAAGAAAACCCACAUCACUGGUUUCCCUCGUAAUGGGAAUGAAAUCACUAUUGAAGAAGUCAUCCAGCGAGAUGACUUGCAACUGGGCGUAUUUAGCUCAUUUAUGUGGGACAUGCCGUGGCUUUAUUCGAAGUUUAACAAUUCAGCCACACGUAUCUUAUUUGUGAUGCAAGCAAAUGACGAAGAAACGCGAAAGCAAUAUCGUCAGGACGUUAGCAACAUGCCCAAUUUUCGCUUGUGUUUCCCACCCAUGGAGCCCCAGACUGUAUUCCUUAUCGAUCUUCCCAAACUCGAUGUUCCUGAUGCCGGAAGGACCCCGUUCUAUGAAGAACUAGUCUACUUCCUCCAGGCGUCCGAACUCCACCACAACAUCAUCAAAAAGCUAGAUGAGUUUGACUUCAGCGAGACGAAGCGCUAUGCAUUUGUUCAUACAGUUGGCGGAUCCAACACUGAAGACAAAUGGCAGCGCACUGGAUUCAGCGGCUUGGGUCGUGCUAUCAAAGCCCUCGGUCUAGAGACAAACGCACCCAUCAAUGUCAACUACGUCGCCUCGUCGCUGGGAAAUAUCAAUACACCAUUCCUGCGCUCAAUCUACCUCGCUUGUAAAGGUGACAACGCUCUACUAGACUAUGAGCUCCGAACCGCAAACAAGAAAAAGGAACCCUGCACGGAAGUGGAAGCGCAUAACCAGGAGUGUCUCGAUCACUUCCGUGUUUACUUCCCAUCAGAAAAGACCGCACGAGAAGUGCACAGGAAUGCCAAAAGCGUUAUUGGCACGAUAUGCUUCAAUCCAGUUUGGUGGUCGGGUGCCAAUUUCCCGCGAGACACGCUUAGAGAUUGUGUCAGUGACCGUGGAGUCUUGAUGCACAACAAGCUUGCCUUCGUUCAUCCUUCCACCCCGAUCGAGAUGCCUGAUAACAAGGAGUGCCGGGGUUGGGCUUAUGUGGGGAGUGCGAAUUUGUCGGAGAGUGCAUGGGGUCGGAUCGUUAAGGACCCCAAGACGAAACAGCUGAAAAUGAACUGUCGCAACUGGGAAUGCGGCGUGGUCGUGCCUAUCAUCAAUGAGAAGAAGGCUGAAAAGAAAGACAAGGGACCAGAAACAAAUGAAACUAUCCCUUCCGCUCCUCUACCAGUUGAGGUAUUUAGGGAUACCGUUCCUGUCCCGAUGAGAGUGCCCGCUGUCCCCUUGUCGGAGAGCCGGAGGCCCUUCUUCUUUGGGGUUUGA